CGUCGCGAUGUAUGGUAGCGAAGCUGUUGAAGAAGAAUCGAAAUCAAGAUCCUAGAGAAUCGCAAUCGCAUUGGUGAGGAGUUUGGAGAAGGAAAAUGACAGAGAAGAAAGCAGAAGUGUUCGAACUCAACAAUGGAACCCUUGUCGUUAAAAUCAGUAAUUGGGGCGCUACCAUUACUUCCCUUCUCCUUCCUGACGUCCAUGGAAAUGUCGCCGAUGUGGUUCUUGGAUUCGACUCUCUCGACUCAUAUCUUAAAGGCAAUGCACCAUACUUCGGCUGCAUUGUUGGUCGAGUGGCAAACAGAAUCAAAGAGGGGAAGUUUACUCUCAAAGGGGUGGAAUAUUCAUUGCCCAUCAACAAUCCGCCUAACAGUCUCCAUGGGGGAAACAAGGGUUUCGAUAAAGUGCUUUGGGAUGUAGCGGAACGUAAAGAUGGUGAAACCCCAUCUAUCACCUUCAAAUAUCAUAGUCCAGAUGGUGAGGAAGGUUACCCUGGCGAUGUCAAUGUGACAGCAACAUACUCAUUGACUUCGAGCAUGACAUUACGACUCGACAUGGAAGCCGUGCCUAAGAAUAAAGCAACUCCAAUCAAUUUAGCUCAGCACACCUACUGGAACCUAGCUGGCCACAACUCCGGUGACAUUCUCAAUCAUUCAGUUCAAAUAUUGGCAAACCACAUUACCCCGGUCGAUCAGAAUUCGAUCCCAACAGGUGAGAUCAUGCCAGUUAAGGACACUCCCUUUGAUCUCACGACUGCGAAAAAGAUUGGCUCUACGAUCGGUCAUGUCCCUGGCGGGUAUGAUCACAAUUACAUACUUGAUUUUGGAGAAGAGAAAUUGGGUUUGAAACAUGUGGCUAGAGUGCGGGACCCAACAAGCACGAGGGUCCUCAAUGUGUGGGCCGAUGUGCCUGGGGUGCAGUUUUACAGCGCGAACUACGUCGAUGGUGUUGUUGGUAAAGGUGGGGCCAUCUAUGGGAAGCAUGCAGGGUUGUGUUUGGAGACACAGGGAUUCCCGAAUGCCAUAAACCAGCCAAACUUCCCUUCUGUGGUGGUAGAGCCUGGUGAGAAGUAUAGGCACACCAUGUUGUUUGAGUUCUCAUUGGGAGAGUAAUCUUCAAAGGAAUUCAUGGUGGGUGACUGGGCUCGAUUACCUUGGCAGUUCCUCACCAUUUCUAAAACGAUAGUGGCCCGACCAUCCAUCGUGUGCAAGUCAUAGUUGUAUGGCAAUCUAGACCGUCCAAAUAGCUUAUCCAGCUGUGGAUGAAACAUAGCCCAAAAAUUACUGAGAUAGUGACGGUAGCCAUCUGAUUUUGUCUUUUGAAUCUGGACAAUUGUUUUACUUUUAACCAUUAUUGUAUUUAUCCAUCCAUUGGAUGGUUAGAAUUGCUUGAUCAGUGUGAUUUUUGAGCUAUGCUUCCUUCACAUGUGCCACAUGCGAUAUCCUUGCACGUGUGCAACAUGCUAGGACGAGUCAUCAGUUGUUUUUCUAAAAUGAUGGUGAACUACCACCGGUUUCUU